UGCUGGCCGCCCCCGCGGUGGACUGGGCGCUCAGCGGCAGCGGCCGGCAGGACAUGUGGAGACUGAUGGUGGGUAUUCCGGCGUUGCCAGGGUUAGCGCUUGCCGCGGCGCCGCUGCUGAUGCCGGAGUCGCCGAGAUGGCUGGUGGUGCAGAACCGACUGGAUGAGGCGCUGCAUGUGUUGGCAGCAACUAUGCGGCGGAGUAAGGGCAACGGUCGUGGAGGGCUUGCGUUUUGGAGCAGCGGCUACGAGCGUGUGGCGGAUACGGUAAGGUUCACUAUAAGACCCACGUCAUUUAGGCUAUGAUGCAAGAUUGGUUGGAGGGUUAACCCAGAAGAAUUUUAUUCGUGUGGCAAGGCAUUGAAAACAUAAAGCGAUUAUAAUGGGUUGCUUCAUGUUUGCCAGCCCAUCCAGCCCAGCCCGAUUAGUCAAGCCAAAACGACUGGAGGGUUGGAGCUUAGGUUACCUUCGUGUUAUACCGUGAUUCCAGGGGGCAUAUCCUACUGAAAGGUUCCUUUGCAUAUUUACAUCCAGUCCGUCGGCCCCCUGUCCUUACUCUAGUCAACCGCUAGCUCCGGAUCCGAAACCUUGCUUGCGAAACCUUGCUUGCAACGAAGUCUUUAUUGUGCAACUUUCAAUGCCGAAGAGACUGUGAUAACAGCAGUUGGCUUUAGGGUGCGCUGAACACAGAAAGGACCUUUGACUUUGCGUUUCGUUUCUGACGGAAGGCUCGUGAUAAGCAGCAGAAUGUCCCUCCUAGCCAGCCGUAAGCCUCUUGCUUGGUCGUCAGUUUCAGCUCACCGUGGCUUCUUACGAAUCGGCCAUCCUAGCCGCCUCUCCUGUGUCGUCGCCACGGCCGGCCGUCGUGUCGGCCAGGAAAACCGCAAAGCACAGAGCAAGGCCGAACCGCGAAAAUGCCCUUGUGGUUCUGGUGAACAGUAUCAAGAGUGCUGCGCUUCAAUCGUUUCUGGUGCUUGGGCGCGCACAGCUCCAGAGCUUGCCAGGGCGCGCUUCACAGCAAUGGUAUCUGGCAAGGUGCAAAUGCUGGCUGAUACAACACAUCCAGAAGCGCUUGAAGCAAUUGGCACCAAGCAGUCCCUGUUAAAGAAGAUGGACCAGCACAUGCGCAAGCGCGGCGUGGGCGAGCUGCUGCCGUCCCUCGUCGACUGCGUUCAUGGCCAGCAUCCGGACGACCCGAACAAUUGGAUUGUCGUAAUGGCCAUUUCGCUGGGCGAACCGGGCAUGGAGGAUGUGUACGUUCUCUACGAGCUUUACCGGAAGGACAACGGCCGAUGGUGGUACAUGAAUUCACCCAGGGAAAUUCCAAUCCUCGAGCAGUUUGCGGAGCUUGGAGUUCUUGGAGCGCUACCAUGAUGUCGGGCAAGGCGAGAUGGGGCCAGUGGAAGGGCUUUACGACUACAGUUUCCUCCCAAGUCAGCCGCGCAACCUUACCUCCGAGGCCGCGAGACUCCGCACACCAUGGCUGGUGGAUGAAUGGCCAGCGGAUCAGCAGCAACGAGAGCUGGGUUUACCUCGACACAGCGAAAGACCCGGAAACCGGGCGCACGGCUGCACAAGAGGCUGCUGAAUUUCACAAAAGCCUGAGCGAGUCGCUGCUAACCUCCGAGUUUGAUUACGAAACCUACUACUUCCGCUUUGGUCGCUUCCUUUGAGUGACCCGCCCGGCGAGGCGACGUAUUUCGCGCGGGGUUGCUUUGGCUGGUGGGGGUGGGUGUACUGGCCACUUGUGGUGGUGUUCUGUGUCUUGGGUGUGGGGUAGUUGUAACUCGUUUGGGGGAAGGGGUUAAGGUUGACGUGUAGUGCGUACGGCAAAUGACGCUUAGGCUGUGCUGCAGGUGCGGGGUGGCCGGUUGGAUGGGUGGGGGGCUUAUGGGCGCUGGGGGGCAUUGGAGCGGCAUGCGGGUUUGUGAGUGAUGGGGUUGUGGUGGAUUGGAACUGAGCGCGUCAAGUUUUUGCAGAGCUGUGUUACGGCCUCAGAACGGGAGUUGUUGGUUCGAAUGGCUGGUUGGUUGAACUCUAGAGUGUUCGCGAGAGUCUGUGUUAAUCAACAGCCACAGCUCACAAAGGGGGCGGCGUCCUGGCUUCAGACCUCUGAAGGCAGGUGCGCAGCGGGCAGCAGUGGAGGGAAGGGGGGGGGGAUAAAGAGAUGCCGGUAAAUAGUCCGCACUAAACGAAGCCAAGAUGGCUCCCAAACAACCACGGGUUUAUGUUCAGCCUUAUUAAAUACGGCUGUUAUACACACUUGGCAUCUGAUAACGGCUGUGCAUGCCAGGUUGUCAACCCCUCUUCCAUCCCGCUUGUCCUCUCUUUCUUUCCCUCCACCACGACCGCCUCCCAGUCCAUCCAUGUCCACUACUGCAUCCCCGCAUGUGUAUCCC